CAAUGGGCUUUGUUGCGCUGCAUUCAUGCCAUCAUCCAGGUGCUGCGUCAGUCUGAGUCUUAUUGUCUUUGCUAAGACCCCUCGCCUCGUGGCUGCUGGUAUAAAGAGCGCCGUUGCUGCUCACCUGACAACAACCAUCGAGAAGUCCUCUUUCUCCCCCGGGACUCUUCUCUGUCAAGCAGCUCACAUAUUCUGCACUUGACUGGCUUGCUCCCGCCACUCAUCUCAGUACUGCCACUUGCGUCGCCGCUACCAUCGACCAUCGCCAUCGCCAUGGAUCACACCACUACCCCCGCCACCACGCUCGCCACCGACUCGACAAACCACCCGUCUGACCCUCUCAAUGAGGCGCCACUCGCGACUCCCGAGCCCACCAAUGACGGUGUCACAAACAAGACCGACGACAGCGCAGAUGUUCCUUCCAACAAGGAGCACCACGGCACCCACCACACGCAAAGUGCAUUCGCCUGGUGCAUUGUCUGCUAAGACCGCCGAUCUCUAAAGAACAUGCCUUCCACCGAAGCGUUCGGCGGCCUCAGAGCCGUGACCUCGCUCAACGUGCGGAUGGUUUCUAUACUCAUUUCUCUGUAGUCCGCAUCUUUUCUCUUUGUAUCCUGAUGGAUGACUAUCCGCCUCCUCCAUGUGUAUCCUACGAAAUGGUUGUCUACAUCCGGUGAAUGGAACGUCGCAUAGUCUCCCUUUCUUUCUUGUUGGC